CUGAUGGGGACAUUUUGAAAUAAGUAGCUAGCUGGUAUUCGUUAGUGGACCAAGGUUCACUUUGCAAGCCAAAUUUACUUUAUUAGUUGUAUAUCUCGCAUGCGUGAUACGUUCAAAUUAAUGAAGAUGUCACAGAAGUCGGACACUGAAGAAACAAGCGUAUAACCUAAUACACAAGUGAGUUCCUGUCCUGGUCCACCUGUUUAAAACAGUCAGACCACGGGGCCCUACGCUCAACUAGCAUGAAGAUGGCAGACACUGAGAAGACAGAGGAGUUUGUGGAUGCUGAGAUCUUCUCAGAGUGCCCCGUGCAGGGGGGGUCAGCUGCUGCUGUCAGGGGGGAGCAGGAGGAGCCCCUUAAAACAGAGACCACCAGCUCUCCUCCAGGAGAAAAGGAGGGGGACAGCCCCCUGCAGACUGAGGGUGAACCCAGCCUUCUCUCCAUGCCCUGCCUCAUGAUGGAGCUGAGAAGGAACUCCCCUGAGUCUCCGCACGCCUCCACCGGCAGCGACAAGCCCACCUCGGGCCGUGCCUACGAGAGCGACUCCUCCAACCCCUGCAUGCUCUCGCCCUCCUCCAGCGGCCACCUGGCCGACUCGGACACACUCUCCUCUGGUGAGGAGGGAUCCGCCUCACGUGCGACAGUGGAGGGGGGCUCCACAGAGCCCGGGGCCGACACCAGACUUGCAGCAGAGGGUCAAACAUCUGCAUCAAGUGGGCGAAAGUCCCGUCGUUCACGUUCUGAAAGCGAGAUGUCCACCAACACAAUGGCAGCCAAGAAAAACCGCUGCCAGCCCGCUGUGGUGGGUGGAGCAGGCGUCGAGAAGCAGACCAACGGCCGGCUGGCUAAAGUCAAAGGUCACCGGAGCCAAAAGCACAAGGAGCGUAUUCGGCUGCUUAGGCAGAAGCGUGAGGCUGCGGCAAGGAAGAAAUACAACCUGCUGCAGGACAGUAGUACGAGCGACAGCGACCUCACCUGUGACUCCAGCACCAGCUCCUCUGAAGACGACGACGAGACAUCAGGCGGCAAGACAAUCACCACAGACAUCCCAGACGGGACUCCCGUAGUGUGCCACUAUGAUAUUUCAGACACUGAUUCUAACCAGGAGAACUUAAGUGUGACUGCGGAGCGAGUGCGCCGGACCACCGUGAUAACACAUGAAAGGCUAAAAACACACAGGGACCAGGAUAUGGCAGCAAACUCUGGGGCAGUAAGAGUACAGCAUCUGUGCUCUCUCUCAGCAGGUCACAUGGAGGCAGAGCUGGCCCACAGGGAACCCCCUCGACACAAGGGCCACAUCAACAUCCCCUCCUCAGACAGUGAGGUAGAAAUAGUAGGAGUGCAAGAAAACACAAGAUGUGCCCAUCCUCGGGGCGGGGUAAUUCAGAGCCUGUCCUCUGCCUGGAAGCCCAACUCACUGGAGCAGCUCAACAACAGCACGAGGCAAUCCUCCCAGCUCUGGACUACCGUGUCCCCCCAGCCCAACUGGGUGUCCCCUCCGGAGGUAGUGGACCUCACUUUGGACGAGGACACCAGACAUAAAUACCUACUCUGAGCAACUCGUGCACUGAAGACUUCCUUACUCCCCUCUCCUCCUCCUCCAGCCUCUCCCCACCACGGCAAAGGCCCUUCCGGAGUGGUACAGCCACCACCUGUGACUCAUGGGCUGCGUCUCAAAUGACACCCUAUUCCCUAUAUAGCGCACUAUUCUCUAUACCUCAUAGGGCUCUGGUCAAAUGGAGUGAGCUAUAUAGGGAGUAUGGUGUAAUUAGAGAUGCAGCCUCAUGGACUUCCUCUGAUGUUAUUAACCUACUGUAGAACCUUCUAUCAAAGCCAUUUUAACAAAGAUGAUUCCCUGAUCAUGGAUUUAAAAUACAUAAUCAAGAGGGCAAGACACUAGUGCAGGUUGAACCAUACAGAGGUGUUACAGUAAAACACAUAGCAAUAUUCUCCCUGUCCUGGACCUCAUUGAUCCUGAGGACUGUUGUCCGUACAUAGGUAGGCACUGUGUUCUGUCUGUCCGCUAGCUGUAACAUAGGACUUGAAGCUGCUGCAUGAGGGUAGGGCAGUAUCAGUAGCUCAAAUCUGCUGCACUACAGACUGGUGUCCUAUUCUCCAGCUGACUGGAUUGGGCUUACAGUCGAUACUUAACGGCAGCUGGUACACUGUCUGCAGCAUGAUAUGCCGGCAUGUGACGGAGCUUUGGUGGCUUGACCUGACCUGCUCCGUACUCCAGUAGAGAUGUCACUUAGGUAUAUGUUAAGAUUUUAACACUGGCUCUACCCUCACUGGUCAAACUACAUUGAUUAUGUUGUUUACCCUAUUGUGCUUAAAGAAGGUGAUUAGUAAAAAAAUGUAUAUAUAUAUAUUAUAUAUAUAAUUUGUACUAUUGAUAAUUUUGCUGUCAAUGAUUGGAGCAUAUGUGUUUAAGAUAGAAACUGAAUCAAGUUCUAAGCUAGCUAGAUCAACUCUUUUUUUUGUCUUAUUCAAGGAAACAAACCACAACACUGGUCAAUCAAUCAAUCAAUUUUAUUUUAUAUAGCCCUUCGUACAUCAGCUAAUAUCUCGAAGUGCUGUACAGAAACCCAGGUCUGGUCUGUUCAGUUCUCUUCUUUCUCCUCUCUGGGUAGCAAGUGGUCAGACACACAGUACUCAGGCAGUUGCUGCAGUCCUCCGGCAGUGCAGGCUAUGUACGGUACUAUUACUGUAAGACAGGUCUACUGUGUCUGUUGAGCCAAGCUGUUGCUAUGGAGAACAGUGAUAGUGUCCCAGUUGUCGUUCUGGUAGUCAGUGAAUGUAUGACCAUGCAGGGCUGACUGGUUGCAUUUUAUAUGGAUUGUGUGUAUAUCAGUGUGAAUGAGAUAUCUCUCCUCCUAACCUCUCGGGACCCCCUUUUUACAACUGAGAAAAUGUAUCUUCCAUUGAACAUUGCAAAGCAAAGAUGGCCUGAAUGCCUUGGAAUGUGCACUAUUUUCUUUCAGAAUCAUGUAUAUUCUUUUAUCUUAAAGCAUGGCAGAUUUUUACUGUCUCUACAAAAAAAGAUAUUUUAAUAAUAGAUGUGAAUUUACUACAUAGAUAUUAAGAAGCAAAGUACAGGUGAGUUUGUGUCCAUUUGGGGGCUUUAUAGAGAGACCUAUUUAAUGUAUGAAUGGUUUUAACCCUGAUUCCUCAGGACUCUCCCUGUGGUUCUUGUGUUUAUUGUACUCAUGCAGUACUGCAGGCCUGGUUAGUUUUUACCAAUGGUCCAAUAUGACACAUCAGAUCCAAUUGAACUGCAUGAACCUCCCUGGUCUCUCUCUCCCUCAUGAGAGGGUUAUAUUGAAGCAUUUAAUUCACUCCUGCUGGUCACAGAAAGUGGAAAAGUCCUACUCGACACCAGGAACUGAACCAAAAGUCUAAUGGAACGUUUGUCAACGAAAGACUUAACCUUAGAGACUUGUGAUAUUUAAGCUUUUGACAACUUAUUUUCCUUUGCACCUAUAAAAUUAUUUUGAGCUCUGAAUUUAUUCUUGAUGAGUUGAGUUCAACUUGAACGACAUCACUCUCCUCGCAGAGCAAAACGCUGUAUAAAUUAGAUGAUGACGUCAUAAUUAUAUCAACAUUUCAGUAUCACUUUGACUCUUAACUGGCCAGUUUUCUCCACUGUAUGCAGAUAGCACUGAAAAAUACGCUUUUAUUCCAGACCUCUUGCAUGCAGCACUUCUAAGCCCAUUCGUGUCGUGUAGCUAGCUCUUCAUUAUGAUUUCUGUUAAAUGUCAGUAAAGUAAGACAUUGCUCAUGCCUUUAGGCUUAGUGGAUUGCUUUCUGUAUGAAACUAGGGCAGCGAUGCUCAAGUAGGGUUGCACAUACCAUUUCUUUUUUUGUCAAGUAAAACAUUGUUUCAACCCGUUCUCAGUAAUUUUAACUAUUUUAUUCUGUUUAUUUUUGUUUAUUUUACUGUCAGUAUUUUAAAUUAACAAGAAAUUAGUGUUAAUAUUUUGUCGCGUCUGCAAGUCCCUGACUUCCUUGAAAUGAUAUGUCUGUAGGACUAAAAGGAAACAAUUUUAAAACUAAAUAAAUGGACUAUU